AUGUCUACAGGACUAGGACAGGAAAUUGUAGCUGUCAUCAACAAACUUCAAGAUGUAUUCACUGCUGUAGGAUCGUCAGCCUCGUCGAUAGACCUCCCCCAGAUUUGCGUGUUGGGAAGUCAGAGUAGCGGGAAGAGUAGUGUGCUUGAGAACAUUGUUGGACGUGAUUUCCUUCCUCGUGGUACUGGUAUCGUGACGCGGCGACCGCUCGUCCUCCAGCUUAUCCACCGGCCCGCGACCGUAUCAAAGGAGAACGGUUCAGCAGUUCAAGCGAACGGCAGCACGGACAAGGCCGUCAACGAGAACGAGUGGGGCGAAUUCCUCCAUCUCCCUGGCGAGAAGUUCUACGAUUUCCACAAAAUCCGAGCUGAGAUCGUGCGCGACACCGAAGCCAAGACAGGCAAGAACGCUGGUAUCUCGCCACAGCCCAUCAACCUGCGCAUCUUCUCCCCCAAUGUCCUCACCCUCACCCUCGUCGAUCUUCCCGGUCUCACCAAGGUCCCUGUCGGCGAUCAGCCGAAGGAUAUCGAGAAGCAGAUCAAGGACAUGCUCCUCAAGUACAUCUCGCGCCCUGCUUGUAUCAUCUUGGCUGUUACCGGCGCGAACACUGAUUUGGCCAACUCGGAUGGUCUGAAGCUUGCGCGUGAUGUAGAUCCAGAGGGAACACGGACGAUUGGUGUGUUGACGAAGGUUGAUCUCAUGGAUCAAGGAACGGAUGUUGUGGAUAUCCUCGCUGGUCGUGUUAUUCCUUUGCGCCUGGGCUACGUGCCCGUCGUCAACCGUGGUCAGCGCGACAUCGAUUCUUCGCGACCCAUUUCCGCUGCCCUCGAAAGCGAGCGUCAGUUCUUUGAGAACCACAUGUCGUACAAGACGAAAGCGCAGUACUGCGGUACUCCUUUCCUUGCCCGUAAAUUGAACAUGAUUCUGAUGCAACACAUUCGCGCCACCCUCCCUGACAUCAAGGCCCGGAUAACCCAACAGCUUCAAAAGUACAACCAGGAGCUGCAGUCGCUUGGUGGACCCGUCGGCGAUGUAUCCUCGGGCAACGUUGUCCUUUCCGUCAUCACCGAGUUCACGAAUGAGUUCCGCACCGUCAUCGACGGUAACACGAACGACCUCUCCCUUAACGAGCUUUCGGGUGGUGCUCGUAUCUCCUUCGUCUUCCACGAGCUGUUCAACAACGGCGUUAGGAACAUCGACCCCUUCGAUCAGGUCAAGGACGGUGACAUUCGUACGAUCCUCUACAACUCCUCCGGUUCCUCUCCUUCCCUCUUUGUUAGCACGCAGGCGUUCGAAGUGAUCGUGAAGCAACAGAUCAAGCGGUUGGAGGAGCCUGGGUUAAAGUGUUGUCAGCUUGUGUAUGACGAGCUCAUCCGGAUUCUUAGUCAUCUCCUCCAGAAGAUUCCCCUGAAGCAAGCAUUCCGUCGCUUCCCCGCACUCAAGGACCGCUUCAAUGCCGUUGUCGUCAACUUCUUCAAAUCCUCUAUGAACCCGACGACGAAGCUCGUUUCCGACAUGGUUGCCAUGCAAUCAUGCUACGUGAACACCACCCACCCCGACUUCCUCAACGGCCACAAGGCGAUGUCGAUCGUCCAAGAACGACUUAACGCCAACAAGCCGCCUCCGCCUUCUGCGGACCCCAGGUCGGGCAAGCUCGCGCCUGGCCAGCUCAACAACAACCGUGACCUCGACGUUGACCCGAAGAGGGACGAGCAGAGCUUCUUUGGCAGCUUCUUCUCGAGCGCGAAGAAGCGGGCGGGAGGUGUUGCUGGUGAUACUGGGAAGAAGCCUGGCCCAGUUAUGGAGUCGCCUCCCGCAGUUAUUCGGCCACAAGCCGCGCUCAGUGAGCGCGAGACGAUGGAGACCGAGGUCAUCAAGCUGUUGAUUCACUCAUAUUUCAACAUCGUCAAGCGCGAGAUGAUCGACAUGGUGCCCAAGGCGAUCGUGCUCACGCUCGUGAACCACUCGAAGGAGAACCUCCAGCGCGAGCUGCUCCAGGAGCUGUACAAGCCCGAGGUGCUCGACGAGCUUCUCAAGGAGAGCGAGCACGUCGUCAACAGGCGCAAGGAGGUCAUCGGUAUGGUCCAGGCGCUCAACAAGGCCGAGGAGAUUGUCGCAGGGGUUUAG